CUCCUAAGCGACUGGGUAAAAUUUUGGAUUUUCGUAUUACUACUUAUGAGAACUGUCUUUGCUUUACCGUUUUAAGGACUGUUUUUCGGAUUCUCGCUUUAAGAACUGUUCGAGCUGCCACAUCGUAGCUGACUUCCGGUUGUUAGUCGUUUGUUUACUUUUUGUUUUUUUUUAGCAGUGUUUAAUAAAUGUUUUAUUUGUUAUAAAAAGCCUGUUUCAAUCAUAUAUUCAUUGUUGCUGGAUUGUAACAUAUUCAUCUGAACUUUAGAAAAGUCUAUAACAAGAUCCCUCAUGGCAGCUCACCUGGAAGGAUAGGUCACGUGGGAUUCUCGGGGAGCUGGUGAGCUGGAUUCACACCGGGUUCAAUGACAGAAAGCAGAGGGUGAUGACUGAAGAUGGAUUUAACGAAUGGAUGUCCGUGACGAGUGGGAAGUGCAUGUCAGUGUCGAGGCCUCGUUAAUUAGAUAUUCAUGACAUUGGUUUGUAGAUGAAUGUACAUGGCAUGGUUAGAAAGUUUGAUACUAAAUUCAGGAGUCUGCUUCAUAUUGCAACAGGUUACAAUGACUUUUCCCAACUUGCUGUUUCGGAUGCAUGGCGGGUCUACAUUGUGCUUAACAAGGUACCAUAUACCUAUCUGAUAAUAGACAGGUGAUAUGUCCAAAGGAAUCUUGACCGAGUUUAGAUGAUAAUCAUGGUCUUAAAGUUCUGCCGGAGAUAGCAUAGUGGUUCAGAACAAGAUGUCAUGAUGCUAUGUGUGAGAUUGCAUUGUUCAGGAUGUCAGAGUGAUUAUAUAUAGACUUAAACCAUGGUAUUGCCACUGUUGUCAAUGCCAGGGGAUGUAAAACUGAAAGGAGAUGGUGAGAAUCAGGUGUGACUGAGAAAUCUGUAUAAUUCAGUGACGAGAGGAAUGGAUGUCUCAUUAAUCGGCAGAAAUGUUUCAACCCACACUGCUGUAACAGCUGUCCAUUACUCACCAUAGCGCCACCAGUGGUAGGAGGACCAAAGCAGUGGGUGCUGUCUGCUCAACCUGCCUUGCCAUUGCAUUGACACAUCACUCCCGGUCGAGGACACAAGAUUGGCUCCGAAAAGGGAAUUGUGUGCAAUAUAGCACGUAGGUACCCCGGAAGUCCCGGCACGUUGUACAAUAGAUGGAGAGCGCGGAAAUCGAUGGGCUCAGCUGGAUCAGGCCCUGUCAAGGCUUCAGUGGACAGGCCCAAGAUGUUUGGAAGUGUUUGCCUCAGUUUAAAAACAAAACAGUGUUCUACUGUAAACCCCAAUUAAUGUUUGACCCUCCUGUUAUUUGUUUUGUUACAGAGAAACAAAAGCUGAUCACACUUGUCCUCACAAUGGGUCAAUGCGCGGGCAGGGGAGGACUUCCAGUGCCUUCAACAUCGGGAAAGGACACGGGUCCGGGCUCAGUGAUCAGCGAGCUCCUGGCAAGCUGGGACGAUUUCCAGCUGCUGCAGUUGACGGACUUCUACCGGGACAGGCUGGAGCAGGCGAUGGAAGGACGGGUUCCCGGAGUGAGCCUGGCGUUAAAGGCUGAGAAACAGUUCAGCAGAGAGGAACAUCGGAAAAUCUCUGAUCUCGCUGAUAAGGGAGAGCGGGCGGACAGUUCUAAAUUCCUCCUGAGCCUGGUGAUGGAGAAAGGCUCCCACGCCCGGAGGGUGAUGUGGGAAACCUUUGUGAAAAUGUGGAAUGAUGUUCCAAUGUUGGACAAAAUACUGAACGAAAUACUGAUAUAUGGUUGUGAUCCCUCCCAUCGAUCAAAUACCGCUCAAGGUUUAAUCAAGGUUCUCAGUGAGCUAAAAGAUGUUCAACAGAAACACAUGGAGACUCUGCGGGCACAAACUGAAACACUGAGAGUGAACACGAUCCUGGUGAGGGAGAAGGUGAAGGUUUUCCACCUGGUUGAUCGAUACGCUGAGCUCAUCGUCAUUUCUGCUGUUCGAGAUCGGAGACUGGUUGAACAUGAGCUGCUGGCAAGACGCAGAGACCACGAGCGUUGGAGAGAGAAACAUCUCCACGGAGAGAUGGAAAAAAUCCAGACUGAUCAGUUAUUCCAGAGCAGCUUUUCCCGAAGUAAAUCCGAAUCUGGGAGAUCAGCAGCAGUGGCCGGAGUCGCGGGGAUUGGGAAAACAACAAUGGUACAAAAGAUUGUUUAUGACUGGGCCAUGGGGAAGAUAUUCCAACAAUUCCAGUUUGUCUUUAGUUUCAAAUUCCGGGAGUUAAACUCCAUUAACUGCAGAACAAACCUGAGGGAACUGAUUCUGGAUCAGUAUCCUUACUUUGGGAAUUUCCUGAGAGAUGUCUGGAAGAACCCACAGGGAUUGUUGUUCAUAUUCGAUGGUUUGGAUGAAUUCAAACACAGAAUCUAUUUUGCAGACAAAUGGAGAGAUACAGAACCUAAGCACCAGUGUCCAGAUCCCGAGUGCUGGUGUGAAGUGUCUGACAUUGUGUACAGUUUAAUCCAGGGCAAGCUGCUCCCAGGGUGUUCGGUGCUGGUGACCACACGCCCCACUGCGUUACAUUUAUUGGAAAAGGCAGAUAUCAGGGUCUGGGCAGAAAUCCUGGGAUUUGCUGGUGAGCAAUGGAAGGAAUAUUUCAUGAAGCAUUUUGAUGAUCAGACGGUGGCGGCAGCUGUUUUCAAACACGUGAAGGAGAACGAGAUCCUGUAUACCAUGAGCUACAACCCCUCCUACUGCUGGAUCCUCGCACUUGCACUCGGCCCUUUCUUCACACAAAGAGGCAGGGACCCACAGCAAAUUCCCAAGACCAUCACCCAACUGUAUUCCUACUAUAUUUACAGCAUCCUGAAAAACCACAGCCGUGAGAUGGAGAACCCCCGUGAUGUGUUACUCAGGGUUGGUCAGAUGGCCUUCAGAGGAGUGUCCGAUAAGAGAACUGUGUUUACAGAUGGAGAUUUGAACAACUACAAUCUGCAGCCAUUCCAGUUUCUGUCUGGGUUCCUGAUGGAGCUUUUGGGGAGAGAGGAUUCUGCCCAGUGUGUGGUGUACACAUUCCCACACCUCACCAUCCAAGAGUUUGCAGCUGCAGUCGCACAAUUCCUGACUAUACAUCCCGAGGAUAUCCUGAAAUUCCUCACUGAAGCCCACAAUACGACAGAUGGGCGAUUUGAGGUAUUUCUCCGUUUUGUUGCUGGUCUCUCCUCCCCAAUGACAGCUCGAGGUCUGGAGGAGUUUCUGGGUCCAUUUCCUCAUGAAACAACCUGCCGGGUGAUGGACUGGGUGAAGGAGGAGGUUAAACGCCAGAGUGAAAACACAUCGAGUGAAGCUGGUAAAAGGAGGCUCCUGAACACAUUUCACUACCUGUUUGAGUCUCAGAAUCGUGAACUGACUCAGACCGCACUGGGAUCUGUGGAAGAACUUUCAUUCAGUGGAAUGACACUGAUCCCAGUUGACUGCGCGGUCCUGUCUCAUGUUGUCAAACUCUGUGAUACAAUAAAACGUCUCGACCUGUCGUACUGCCACAUUUUGUGUGAAGGAAUCCAGCAGCUGGGACCCUGGCUGCACAAGUUCCAGGUAUUGAGUCUUGAGCGGAAUGACCUGGGAGAUUCAGGAGUGAAACUGGUGUCUGCGGCUCUUGGGAACCCGGAGUGUAAAAUACAGACACUGAAUCUGAACCAUGUCGAACUUACAGAUUCUGGUGCUGAGGAUCUCGCCUCCGCUCUCAGUACAAACCGAUCACUGAUAGAGCUGGACCUGGGAUGGAACCCGCUCACAGACCAGUCUGUCCCCGCUCUCCGCCGGCUCAUACUGACCCACCCGAGUCUGGAGCAGAUCAUGCUGGCGGUGAAUAAUUUCAGUGGGACUGGGGAGAAUGAACUGGAGUCUCUACAGGAGUCUAGACCCGGACUGAGACUGUACCUGUAAACGUCUGAAUGUGUGAAUAUACCCGUCCACAAGAUGGAGACAAUUUGGCCGAUAA